AGCAGCAACUGGUGUGACGUGUUUUCCUGUAGCUGUUUGGUUCUGUCAGCCUUGCUCACAAGGACGGCUUUCGUCACUAUCACUAGAAGAUCCAUCCAUAUCUGCGUAGAAGAGACAACUUUUUGGCAGUGCAGAUCAGGAUGCCGGAGCAGAGCAACGAUUAUCGUGUAGUGGUGUUCGGCGCUGGCGGUGUGGGGAAGAGCUCGCUCGUGCUGCGAUUCGUCAAAGGCACGUUCCGCGAGUCUUACAUUCCCACGAUCGAGGACACUUACAGGCAGGUGAUCAGCUGCAACAAGAACAUAUGUACGCUGCAGAUCACAGACACGACAGGCUCUCACCAGUUCCCAGCGAUGCAGCGGCUUUCCAUAUCGAAGGGGCACGCCUUCAUAUUGGUAUACUCCGUGACGUCACGUCAGUCGCUGGAGGAGUUGCGACCCAUCUGGGAGGUGAUCCGCGACAUGAAGGGGGCCGAGCUCGCUACAAUCCCCGUUAUGCUCGUUGGCAACAAGUGUGACGAGACCGAGACUAGGGAGGUCCCAGCUUCUGAAGGGGAAGCUGAAGCAGGCAAAUGGGGUUGCAGUUUCAUGGAAACUUCAGCAAAGACAAACCACAACGUGAAGGAACUCUUCCAGGAACUGCUAAACAUGGAGAAAAAUAGAAAUAUUUCAUUAGAGCUUGGUUCAAAGAAAGGUGGUAGACAAAAACUACCUGGAUCAAACAAAAUUAAGGAAAAAUGUACUGUAAUGUGAAUUAUGAAAGGAACUUUUUAUAAGUAAAAACAAUUUAUGGUACAGUACCUUGCAAUUUUGGUUGGGUAUUCAGAAACAAAAGAAAAAACCAAUAAAUAAUUCUGUGCAAGAUUUGCAUUUCCCUUCCCUUAAAUGUGGAAUUUCUUUUCAGUAAAUAUGCAUAUGCACUAGCAAAGAAUUGCAGCUCUUGAAUAUGGUUGCUUAAAAAUAGUUGUUUUCUGUUUAUGUUACCUUUCUUCUCACCCAGACAUAUCGUGCAGUAAUGCAUUGUUGUGUGACACAGGAAGACAGUGAUAUUAGACUAUAUUAUAGUAUAAGAGAUAAUGUGUCAAUUUUUGGGAAACAACUAAAAUAUAUCAGUAUCUAGUUAAAGACAAUCUUUCAACUGGAAAAUUAUUUAUUAGACGUUUGUUAACAGUAUUUAUUUGCUGUUACAACCUAAGUUUAAACCCAAUGCGACAGAACUGAGUUACAAACUUGCAAACUGGAUAAACAAAAUUCACAUAAGAAUGUGAGCACCUCAAAAUCACAAAACAUGCACAAGCAGAGCAAUAUGUUCAGUGUCCUUGAAAAACUACAGGUUUUGCUGUUACCUGUCACUGUGAGUUACAAAUGGUGGAGGUGAUUCAGAUUACUCAGAAUUUUAGAAAGUGAUAGGCUAGAUUUAGAUGUCCAGGUACGAAAUUUCUUUGAGAAAUAGGUUUUUUAUGGUGUACAUUUAAUAGUAUAUGAUGAAGUGAGAUGAUCUUAAAGUAUAAUUCACACAACGACUAAAAUAAGAUUUGAAUUCAUAAAGUUUUUUGGCUAUUUAGAAACGCUAAAAUACCGGUAAUUUAAGGGAAAUAGCUGUAAUGUGAUAUGUAGAAAGGUGCUGAAUAUGAAUAUUAUUUUAAAUACAGAAUUUCAGAUUAUUAAAGCUUUGAAUUUAUAAUUACCAGUGGACAUUUACUAAUAAGUGCCAUUGACUAAAACAUUUCUGGUAUAAUGAAUAGGUCUUUCACUAAAGAUGGCAGCAGCUCAUUGAUAGAGACACAGUGUGUCCAUGCAGUUACAUGCUGGAUUUGCAUUAGUAAACACAAUCAAUAACUUAAUAUACAGUAGCAUCCACAGCUAUUAAGAAUAAUAAAAUUUACUGUGUUUUAUACAGUCUAUAAAUAAAUGGUAUAAUUGAAUUUGAAAUUUUAUAUUUGUUGCAAAGUGCAUAUCAUAAUUAAGAGUAGAAAAUUACUUUUUGAAAUAAUAUUUAAAAACAAAUUUCAGUAAUUAUCCUUUUAAAAGAUUAAAAUAGUUGUAAUACAUAUUAAAUCUGAAUCAAAGUCGUCUAAAGUCCAAAUCCAGUAUUGGGGGAAUGAGGAUAGUAAAUCAUAAUCUUACAUUGUCAGCUCAACAUAAUCAGUAUGAAAAUAUUGUUCAACCAAGAUUACUAAACUAAUAAUGUUGCAAAUGAUAUUGGAACAUGUGUCACGGUGAAAGAUAUACAGGUUUGCAGGAGGGUAAAGGAAUUUAAAUAGUAGAGGGUUUGUGAUGUAUGUAUGACAAAAUAUCUGGAAAUUUCUAUAAAAUACAUAGAAAUCCAGUUUUAAAGAAGUUCGUUCAAAAACAUAUAUUAUUCGCAUUUGAAAGGUAAUAUAAAACACUGACACACAAAUGGACAAUGAAUUUAAUAACAUCUUUUACUUUAAUGAAGAGGUUUGAGUAAAACUGGAAUUGAGAUUCCUUGAUACAUAGUACUACACAACAAACAAACACAAACACAAACACAGACACACACACACACACACACACACACACACACACACACACACACACACACAAACAAACAAAGUUCCAUGAAACUCCGUCUACAUAUAUUGUUGUCCAUUACCUAUUACAAAUACAUUAAGACUGAAAACCUUUUCAUUGAUAUGGAAUGGACCAAGUAAAUGAAUACCUUGCUGCAUCACACUAUAUAAUGGUGGUCACAGCGACAUACUCUUGAGUGAGCUAUGGUUUAUGCAUGAAGAUAGCAAUCUCUAUCUGGAGCUAUUGUUUAUUUCUAAGCUUUAAAUAUACGUGGUGGGGAAAACCAUUUUUACACUAUCUUAUAAACAAUGUAUCAAACCAUUUGGUAAUUUUCUCUGUUAGAAAUAAUUAGUAUGAAAAUGUAUUGCUGCUGUUGUCUUUGUGAGUUUUAAUGCUGUGAUUAUUACAUGAGCUUAACCUUUACUUGCCUUAUAAGGUAAUUGUUACUAUUGAAAUAAAAAUGUUAAACACAUCCAUUCACAAGUAUUAACAGUGAGGAAUAGCUGUAGCUCUAAAAGUAUAAUUAAUGUAAAGGCAGAGCCAUCAGUUAAUAAUGCUUUGAGUUUACUUUUGACUGUCUGUAAUCUAUGAACAAUCGGUUUUGUAUUUGGUUAAAUCAUGAAACUCUUUCACUCUGGGAGACACUUACUUCAGUGAGCAAAACACAUCUGUUAUAAAAAUUGUGUUUAUAGUAUGAGUUCAUAUGAUUAAACAUCAGUGUCCCUAUAUUGUUGCACUAUUGUAUCAGUUUUAAGAUAUACAGUGCACUUCAGUGUGAAAUUUCAUAUUCAUCAUGGGCAGAGUUCAGAUAACAGGGAACUUAAGUUGUUAAGCUGACAACAAGAUGACUCAUAACACACGUUUGUUUGAAGCAUUUAAUACACAUGUACUUUCUUACUAUGAGCGUACUCUGACUAUGAUUUCUUGACAAUGAUUUUUUACUUCUUAUUUUAUGUGCAUAAAGCAACAACAUUUGACACUAGUGUGUGUAUGUGUGUGUUUAGCAAGAGUUCCAGAUAUUUUGUCAUACAUUACCACAAAAAAUGUUGGUGAGCAAUAGCAGUGAACUUACCUGUAGUCCCAUUUUAAUCUUUAGAUAACAUUGUUUCCCUUAAAUCAUAUACAUUAUAUGUUGAAAACUGUGAAGGUGGGAUGUCAGCGAUAUGAAACAUAGUUGCUGCACCGAAAGUUUAGUUCUGUUUUCCCUGAACUACAAUUUUAUAUCCAAAUGUAUAUAAUUCGCCCUCUUCUCUGUGCUUAUGUGCGUCAUUUCAAAAGUUAACCCUUUGUUUAUGCUAAUUAAGAAUGAUUAUUUAUUCGAUAGCCAUUUUAUGUCACUUUCAGUUAAAAUUGACAUGAAUAUCUUUUUAUAAAUGAAUAAAAACUUAUUCAGUAUUCCAUAAGUUUCUAUUAAGUUUUACUGUUAGAACAUAGUUAUUCGAGUAUUACACAGACAGCUAAUAUUUGUUGUGUUUCAGACGGAAAUAUAAUGUAAAGAUGUCAACAAACACAUGGUGUUGACAUUUAUUAUACUUUGCUGUGUUUUAAUUGCGUGUGAUAUUUGUAGCUACCAUAAGUAAGUUACUUACUGAGAUUUGUAAUAUACAAGUGUAAAUAUAUGUCACACAAAGUGUAGAAUGUCAGACUGUAUGGACCACAGAACUAGCACUGUAGCAUAGAUAAAGACCCAUUUGUAAGCAUUGUUCUUCAUUAUAAAAACAGUUUAUUUGUUCUUGGUGGAAAGUACUGUGAAAUGUAAAAUGGUGGUUCUUGAACUGUCCUUGAGUUAUUCUUAUAUUACAAUGCUUUUUAUACAGAGAAACAGAAUGUAUAUAAGAAAUUUUCUAUUUGGUAAUGUAUGUCAUUCAGCAUGGGAAACAUGCAUAAUAUUUUCAUCUUCUUAUCUGAUUAAAUAUUGAUUUUUUCUAUAAUUCAUUAUGUGAACUGUUGGUUAUAAAAAAUACAACAUGCAAUUUUAUUUAGACAUUGUUUCUUUUUGUAUAAUUACAUAUAAUUAGGUCAUUCUGUUUCUGCAGAAAAGUUGCAAACUAUCAUUGAAAGUAAUUUAUUUGCCAUACUCAUUUUAAUGACAAUCAUUAUACUGAAAGCAUUAUGAUAAACAAACUGCAGUCCAAAUAGCUAAAAACUGAUAUGAAGACAGAAAUAGCAGAACAUGAACAAAGAAAAGGGAACUAAUGUAUACAAUGUUAAAUUAAUUAUCAGGAAACUGACAUACAAUGCCAAACAACUUUCCAGCCAGUGUCUCUGUUUCAACAUUGCUCUCAGAUUUAUCACAGUUUUCAGUACAGAUGAGUAUGGCUAUUCUCUCUGCCCAUAUCUCCACCUCAAUAUUUGAUUUUUAGGCAUUGUAUUUAGUCUCCGUAGUUAAGUAAAUUGCAUACUUCAUAGAAAACUUACAAUUUUUAGAAAUAUAUAAAUCAACUUUCUGAACUAUUUAUUUGUAUUAAUUUAUUCAUUUAUGUACUUCUAUUAUUAAGCUUCUUUGUGUUGCCUUGAGUGAGAGAUGAUGCAUACAGUACACAAAUGAUAAGUGCACUUUAUCUGAUGUUUAGCUCAUUAUAACAAAGCACAAAAUGUGUACCCCAAAAAUAGGUAUAUAAUAAAUUGUUUAACAGAUGUGAAAUAAAUGCUGUUACUGAAUUUGUUGCAGUGGCAGUGUGUGACUGAGUGUUUCAAAGACUUUCAGUGUUAUUUGUAUUAAGAAAAUGUGCAGAUCAAUACAUUUGAGUGUGUAUAAUAUGUGUUUGUGACUGUCCUAAUAAUAAAAAACCUACAGAAGUAGGUACUCAAACGUAUAUGUGAUUGUGGUGAAUGUGAAUUUGGAAACUGGUUGUUAGUUGAACAACAGGUUUUGUUAGUAGCUGUUUGGCUUACGUCUCAUUUUCAUUAUAUGAGACUGCAGCAGAUGCUAUAUGUCUACAGAAUGGUAUUAUAACAUUAACUGUCCAUCUGAUCUUCUUGUCUGAUCUUAACUCUAAAUUGCUAAGAUGCUCUCAAUUAUUUGUAAAUAAAAAACAUAAUUUGUUCUGUCAUUCUAAGAUGCAUGUGAAAUUUCCCUUAAAGAUUAUUUAUACUCUCAUUAGACUUUAUUAAUGUCUAUUUCCCAAACUUUAAAAGAGUAUAUCUUGAUCUGUAUGCAACAUAUCUUAUAUGGUGGCACUCAGCAGUCAAAAUCAUUAGCUGCUUUAGUUAAUAAUAUGAUGUUGUAGCAUUACAGAGAACAAGCAGAUUAAUGUAUGUUGUGAAAAUACGUGUACAGAUAAAAUUAUGAGUCUUGGUUCAAUAACUGGUCUAAGCUUUGAGCCCACAUGCAAUGAAUUCAACUGAAUAUUCAGUCAUUCAUGCAAAGGUCUAUAACUAUUAAAUUUAAAGUUUAAAGGAAACAGUCAACUUCAGUUGUUAUAUACAAUCUGUUGGCACAUCAGUGAAAAAGAAAUGAAAUUUUUUGUGUUUCCAUACAUAUUGAAAGUAAUUUGAAUAUUUAUGUUGCUGUUAUGUUAAUGGCAAUAUUUCAGCUUCUAGUUCAUAAUGUAAUGCCCAUUAUUUCUUUUAUUCACAAAACGUCCUGCCUUUGUAUUGUUAAACAUAUAUAUUGACUCAUGUAAGAAUUUUGCAGUAUUGUUACAAUUGAUACUGUUCUGUAAAACAUGUUCAUUUGAUAAUUUGUUUGAAAAAUAGAAGUUUAAAACUGUUUAAUUUAUAAUCAAGUACUAUAUGUUCUAUGAAAUGAAAUGAGGUUGCUAGAAGAAUCUAAUUUCCACUUGUUGCUAACUGUAGAUUCUUUUUCACUGUAUGGCCUAUUUUGAUUCAGUCUGAUGAUAAUUGUAAUUCUAGUUAAUUUAAUAAUACUUAAACACAAUUGUAAACACAUUGAGCAGUUCAUCAUAUCGUUUUAUAUAAUUAACAUUAAUUAUUUAAAAAACAGUGGUCAUAUUGACAUUAUGCAGCACAGAUAACAUUUCAUACAUGUUUGUCGUUAAUUGAUGUUCAAAUGUGUGAAGACUGUACGAUUAUGAUAGAAAUAUUUGUGUGUCUAUAAAUUAAUGUGUCGAAAUCUCUACUACUCUUUGUGUAAUGUGAAUCAUUGAAAAUAAUAAUAUUCUGAUAAGAGAAACGUGUUGUGCAUGAAUAGAGAUAGGGAAUGGAAAAGUAAAGCAAGAGCACAAAGAUAGGCUCAAACAGUGGAAAUAAUUAAUUUAUCUUUUAAAAUUUGGUGACAUAGUAGAACAAAGAGAUACAGUACAUCAAAUUGAUUUUGAUUUUAUUGUAAGACAGCAUCAGAAAGGAGAGAUAUGCUAAUUUGUUUGACACAUGUUCUCAAUUUAUCUUUCAUCAGAGCAUCUUAGAAGCAUAUAUGAAUGAGCUCCAAGUAAGGGUUUUGUCACAAAACUCUUCCAUCCACUUUCUUUUUUUUUUAAUUGUUCUGGUGGGACCUGUAUCAAUUUAAUUGCCAUGUAAUUUGGUGUAUUGAAAUUGAACAGUAAACAACAUUUUUAUAUGGAUAAAUGAAAGUGUGAAAUAAAAUAUUGACACAUA